ACGAUUCUCCCGCGUUCAAAACCAUUCGACACACAACAACGCUCGAAUUCCUCGCCGUUGGCUACCGCUAUAGCAGGGAGCCCGUUUCGCGAGGGCCUCCGGCAAGCGACGCUUCGACUGUGCCGCCCCGCCUCGGACGCUCACUCCGCCGGUUCUCCCGUACCGCUCCUCCCAGUGGCGCGCGCUCCAAACACCGCGCCGCGGCAGUCGGGGGCGCGGCACGGUGCCGGUCGCAUCACGGUGGUGGUCGCCGCGGAUUUCUCCUCUCCCGCUCCACGUCGUCUCACGGAUUAUUACGCGGUCCGCUGGACUACGCCGCGCUCGCUUCCCCCUCGGCGGCUGUCGCGGUGUUUGGUGGUGGUGUUGGAGUGGGCAUGCCCUGCACCGAGGCCGCUCCGUUGUCCGGCGCGGCACAUUGCCGGCGGACGCUGUCCCCCCGCAGAGACGCCCUCGUGAGCAGGCGGCGACCGGCGGAGCAGACGACGCGGCGUGACCCACCGUUCCUGUUUCCGGCGAUGCUGCUGCUGAGUGUUUACUUCAUCGCUUCAACAUGCAGCUUCCCCUUCGUGGCUUGCGCCGAAUCGUCUGAAUUGGUUCCUAACCUGUGCCGUCUCAUGGACCAACCCAUGUACUGUCGCUGCGACUCCGAGGACAUCGCGGACGACGCCACAGACGUCUCCUGCUAUAUCACGAGACCCCUUACUGUGGACCACGCCGUAUUCAAGUCAUUCCAAAACCACCCCUCCCUUGCCUCCCUAUCCUUCAACGCGUUCAGCCUGAGCAACAAGUUAACUUUCGUGCCAUCUGAAGCUCUAAGGCAGUGCCCACAAUUGGAACGCCUCAAGUUCACCCAGUCGGAGCUAGGCGUUCUGAAAACGCGCUCCUUCUACAACCUCUCUAGACUUGCGUGGCUGUCUCUUGACUCCAACGCCAUAACCGACCUGGAGAACGAGUCCAUCGCACAGAUGCCACGUUUAAAGCGGCUCGAAUUAGGCGACAACAAGCUCAGCAGGAUCCCCGCCGGUGCCCUGCGUGCUCUUCCAGCCCUAACGCAACUCUUCCUGGAGAGGAACGAGAUCAAGACCAUAGAAGACUUGGCGUUUGAGGAACUAACCAGCGUCAAGGAAGUAGACCUGAGUGACAACGCCAUCGAGAACCUGACGGACCGCACUUUCAAGGGACUGUCGAGCGCCAUACGGCUCGACCUGUUCCGCAACAAGAUACAGAGGCUCGAGGCACGGGUGUUCAGCGGAAUGCCGCAGCUGGUCGAGCUGGACAUGAAGUACAACGGCGUCACCGAAGUGGACCCGCUGGCGUUUGACGGCCUGCCCCAGCUGAGCAUCCUGUACCUCUCGCACAACCGCCUUCGCAUACUGCCCGCGCAGAUGUUCAUGGGCGCGCCCAACCUGAUCACUGUGGACCUGUCGCAGAACCAGCUGCUCACGCUUACCUGGAGGACGGUCCAGGACUUGCGGAAGAUCGACUCCGAGUCCUUCGAUAUGAGCCUCACCGGCAACAAGUUCGGCUGCGACUGCCGCCUGGCGUGGAUCCUGCACCUGGAGAAGGCCACGCGCAACGAGAAGUUUCGGCGCGAGCUGCGGCACGUCAAAUGCAACUUUGAACAGAGGCCGGCGCCGGGCAACCUGAGCAGCGGUACCAAGGUGGUCAGACUCAGUCUCAAGGAUCUGGGAUGCCCGGAGAACUACGCGCCGCCUGAGCUGCCUUCGCUGCGCGACAAAAAGAUGCCUCUCUCCGCCUUUGCCGGCAAGAGUGGUGCGAACAGCGCGCACGGGAAACAGGGCACCGCGGAUGAUAACGGAAGCAACAAGAUCGUCGAGCGACCACCACAGUCUCCGGUUGAUGAGGUCCACCGAGGAUCGGGAGCGGGAGACGGAAAAGACGUCGAAAACGACGUCGAAGUUGCCCUCAGUCAGCAGAAAGCGGCUCCCAGCGAAGCCGUUCUUCGGCGCAACCGCGACAGAAACUCUGCUGCGUCAUGGGUCCGCGCGGAGAAAACUGUGUCGUGGUUCUUGAUCUGCGUCACACUCGCGCUAGUGGACAGGUCGAGGUGACGCCUAGGGUGAUUUGUGAAGGACGUGCACGACCGAUUGUGGCCAUUUCGUUCGCUUUUUUUAAGUUUCUAAUAGUGUUUGCCAGACGGUUUUGUUGCGAGUGGCUCGCAAAAAAGAGACCCGGUAGUUGCCCACGCACACGCUGUGAUGAUGUUGUUGCAGAGUAUGAAGCGAGGACUGGGAGCAGUCUUUGGUCGCGUAUGGGGAGCUCCAGAUCAUAUUGGUAACUUCGGGGCAGCAAGCUAGAAACAUUUCUUAUGCGCUUGCUUGUGACUCUAAAAACUGGUUCUCUGAUUUCGUUUCACUGCAUGUAACCCAAAUGAAAUACUGAGCGCGAAAUGUGUGUUGUCAACUUUUCUGUACAAGCGCUCACAGGACAUGCCAAGUUAAGCAUUUCCACGUGUUCGAAGAGAGCUGAAGGUGGCGAGUUGCCCUGUACUUUGUUUCAGUCGCUUUCCUUUUUUUCUCCACUUUCAUUUGCGUAAGGGCUGAAAAGAAAACAGUUUAGAAUGGAGCCCCAAAUUGAAAAAAAAAAUUCUUCGUAGACCAUUAUCUUUCCUUAUCCACCAUCUUUGUUUUUCGUAAACGUGGGAAGACCACAAAAUGGAUUUGUCCAAGUAGUGUAUUUACAUGCUUUGUUCGGACUGAUAAAUGAUAUACUAGGCUGCUGUAGUGAUCGGCCUUGUUAUCUUUGCACAAGCGUAAGCUCUCUGUAGGCUGCGAUGGUGUCAUCCAAACAGCGAUUGGCUUUUGGAUUUAGUAUUUCUCUUUGUAUUUGAUAAAAAAGCUAUUGUGUGUGCUUGACAGAAUGGUAGUUUUCAUGAAGAAUGCCGAAAACAAAUGUCUAAAGCAAGUAGUGGCUCACGCAAACAUUGUCAAUGUAUUUUGAGAAUUAUUGCUCUUAAACUGAAAAAUGUCAUUAAUGGAAUAUGUAUAUAGUGCUGUUCGCGAAGCAAUUGUUUGCUCUAAUUGAAUUACUUGUAUGGUAGCUCAACAAAUUACAGAACCAUCAAUCACAGUCUUUGAAUAUCAGAUUCGUCAUUUGAACACCGUGCUUUGUCACGAAUACCACAGACUCUUCACGAAACCUAAGCUUGAGCGCAGGUGUCCAAUGCAAACUUUGAAGAGCAGCGUCUGUAACAUUGAAUGCGAAUAAUUAUCUUUAAAAAAUGGUGCGCGUAACACUAUCAGUGGCAGUGGCCGUUAGUUCCUUGCUAUGCUGGACAGAUAUUUCAAAGUCUGCGCCUAGCGCGUGACAGAUAAUAAGGAGGAGUGCUCACCGCUUGCCGGGCAGUAGUCCAACAUAAACAUCAGCACCGGAAAGAUUAUUCUUUUUCGUCACAGGUGUCAUUCAACGCGGAAAAAGUUGGGGAUCACCCAAGCAUUCUUUACAUGCGCCGCGUUUCAGUGCGAUGUUUCGCAGGGUAUCCAUAAUUUUCCAAUUCCUAGCAACAUGUUUCAUGAACCCUUGCUAGUUACAACAUGCCAUGUUCCCAGGCGUCUUAUCCACUUUAAGACUUUUCUUAUGGUGAAUAUGCAGUAUUUUUGCGAUGGCUCACGCCAUUACUGUACAAACGGGUAUUCUAGCAACGCCUACAUAAAAUCACUCAGCGUGAAUCACAAUAUAAGAACACACUUCAUGGCUCUGUCCUAAACAUCAUAUUUCUUCCGCCAUUAUGAGCUUUCUCCAUUGAAAGCUUUAAUGUAGACGCCGAUCAGUUCGUCCAGUACGUGGUAUAUCAUCCGCAAUGUCCCGCACCUCUUGUUGAAGCGCUAAAUCUCUACGUCUUUAAGCGCUGUGUGGACAGCGAUUGCCCCAUAGCCUCGUUUACUCGUUGAGGCUCUCAGUGAUAAGUUUAUGUGAGUACCGUUUUGUUCUCUUUUUCAUUUAUGUUCCAGUGAUUUGACACCACACUGGUGUCUCUGUCAUAGGGACACAAGGGCUACGCUCAUAUAUAGGUACAGUCAUGAAAAGAUAUAGAACUGGAAAUUUCAGAUUGUGACUGCAAAAUUAUGAGAAUGACUUGUGUAGGGCAACACAUUAAUCUGGCCUAUUUCGUGUUCAUGGCACAUUAGCCCACUAUUCGUAGGCAAACACUGGCUGCACCUUCAGUGCGUUUGCGCAAACAAGGAACGUCCGUAUUUCACGUUCUAGCCGACCUGUGCCGUUCUCGUUUGAUUUGCUUGUGACCAUAUACGCUUGAAAGCUUCGAGUGCCAUCAUACAAAAUUGCUAUAAUAUCGGCGCAACAUGGUCCCGCAUACGGUACGCAGCCUGCUGCUUCAUUGAGUAGAGUGCUUGCUAAAUUAUAAAUCUCACUUAACACUGAAGAAACUCUCUGUCAUGUAUUCGACCCUGCACCUGAAAGUUAGCGUGAGACACUGCCCCUAUCUCGUUGCUGAAUGAAUGGGAUGAUCGUUGCCAAGAUGCACCGGGUAUAUGUUUCGCUGAUCGCCUGCACUACACGCCCAACUUCGCUGUGUUGACUGUUAUAAACACACUUCGUCAAGCUAUCACUUGUUCCCGAAUACUCCUGGUUUCACCCAGCAAACAUGAUUAAAAUGAACGCUCGAAAGACACGAGCAUCUUUCCUGUUGUCACGCGGGGAACAUCUUUGAUGAAACGUGCUUAAACUAUAAGAAACUUCAUAUCUCACCCCACACGCAGUUUCUUGUUCGUUCUGUUAAUACAACUGCGUAUUACCUGGUUCACCAGCGAGCAAUACUACCAGUGUCAUUCACGUUAGAAUGUUGUGUUGGCAGAAACAAAACUUCUGCAAGUGACAGUGGUGUUACCGUGCAUCACACGUCAGAGGCAAGUUAUUGUGUUGCCAGAAUCAUGCUUACGCACUACACUUCGCCGACAGAAAAGAAACAGUUGAGUCUGUCAUCACGCUUGUUAUAGUAGUGUGGCAGUACCGUUUGUAAUGGCGAUGGUUAAGAGCAGCUGAAAUAAAUGUUUACGUUAAUUAACUCCAUGCGACGAAGUCGUUGCCGAAAGGCAUAUGGUUACACCAGUUUUACUAUCUCGCAGCCGAACCUUUAUAGGGUAACAGUUACCUGUACUGCAAGCGUCUUGCCGUGCCACCAGAUUUUGCUGCCUCCGAUGCCGCGUGUCUCCGCUUUUUUCCGUUGGUCACGAGUGUUGGAAUCAUUGUGUGCAUUGUUGUGUAUGUAAACAUGAUACCAUUAUGAAUUGCCACAACAAGAGUCUGCCAUUAAGAUUUUAAAAAGGAGGCGAAAACAGUAUUUUAGUGACACUGAAAUGAUGGAUAUGUUCUGUAAAAUACUGCGUUGACAAUAAAUGAAGCUGUUGUGCCUGCACAACAAAUGAUGA